UCCCCUUUUCCUCCUCUUGGACUCCCAUCCCAAUCCCUGCUCUGCCUUCCAGGGGAACACGGCGCCCAGCUGGGGCUGCACGGUGCCAGCGGGGACGGCCUGGGCGACGACAGCGCAGCGGUGGAGGAAGGGGAGACCAGCCCAGACCCACAGCCCCAGCAGGGCCGGAAGGUGCGGAGGGAAGCCUGUACCUGUCCCUACUGCAAGGACAGCGAGGGGAGGAGCUCUGGGGAUCCAGGUAAAAAAAAGCAGCACAUCUGCCACAUCCCGGGCUGCGGGAAGGUGUACGGCAAAACCUCCCACCUGCGGGCCCACCUGAGGUGGCACACGGGGGAACGGCCCUUCAUCUGCGGGUGGAUGCUGUGCGGGAAGCGCUUCACCCGCUCCGAUGAGCUGCAGAGGCACAAGCGCACGCACACAGGUAAGGCCUGGG